AUGGCCCCAUCCAAUGAACCAACCAGCAAUGGGGAUGCAAUUAACUGGGAGACUGAAGAGAUGUAUGCGAAGAUGGAUUGGGACAAACUUGGAUAUGAUGUGAUUCCAACCGAUUAUAUGUACAUAAUGAAAUCCAAUGAAGACGGGACCUUUUCAAAUGGAGCUCUCGUCCCUUUUGGAACCAUUCAGAUCAGCCCCCAUUCUUCUGUUUUAAAUUACGGACAGGGAUUAUUUGAGGGCAUGAAGGCAUCCAGAAGACAAGAUGGUGAGGUGCAGAUAUUCCGACCUGAAGAGAAUGCGCUUCGCAUGCAGAUGGGAGCAGAGAGGCUGCUAAUGGUGUCACCUUCUGUUGAGCAGUAUGUAGAUGCUGUUAAACAAGUUGUCCGUGCAAAUAAACGUUGGGUGCCUCCUCACGGAAAAGGAAUUUUGUACGUUAGGCCUUUACUAUUUGGAAGUGGAUCUGUUAUGGGUGUUGCGCCUGCACCACAAUGUACCUUUUUAAUAUACACUAAUCCAGCUAGCAACGGUUACAAGGGACGAACUGCAGCCUUGAACUUGUUGAUUGAUGAUAAACUUCCUCGCGCGUUUCCUGGUGGGACUGGUGGAAUAAAAAAUAUAAGCAAUUAUUCACCUGUUUUCCAAGUGGUAAAAGAAGCAAAAGCCAAAGGAUUUUCUGAUGUCCUAUUUCUAGACGCAGCGGAACAUAAAUAUGUUGAGGAGGUGUCUACUUGCAAUGCUUUCAUUGUUAAGGGUAAAGUGAUUUCAACUGCACCUACACUCGGAACUAUUCUUCCUGGAAUUACAAGGAAAAGUAUUAUUCAACUUGCUGGUGAUUUGGGUUACCAGGUCAAGGAACGCAAAAUUUCAGUAAAAGAAUUGCUUAAAGCUGAUGAGGUUUUCUGCACUGGAACUGCUGUUGGGAUCUCUGAGGUUGGUAGUGUAACUUACAAGAAUAAAAGGGUUGAGUUCAAAACAGGAGCAGACACCGUGACCCAGAAGUUGUAUGAUUUGAUUACAGGCAUCCAAAAUGGUCUAAUGGAAGAUAAGAAGGGAUGGGUAGUCAAGAUUGACUGA